GGCCGGGCGGGCGCCCUGAGCGCCCAGCGGGUCCCCGUGCGCCCCGGCCGCGGCCAGCCUGAGCGAGGUGCGGACCAUGGCCCGCCGCCCCCACGUCUAGGCCGGGCUGCUCCUGCUGCGCCAUGGCCGGGGACCGGCUGCCUCGGAAGGUGAUGGACGCCAAGAAGCUGGCCAGCCUGCUGCGGGGCGGGCCAGGGCCGCUGGUCAUCGACAGCCGCUCGUUCCUGGAGUACAGCAGCUGGCACGUGCUGCGCUCCGUCAACAUCUGCUGCUCCCGCCUGGUGAAGCGGCGGCUGCAGCAGGGCGCCGUGAACAUCGCCGAGCUGGUGCAGCCGGCCGCGCGCACCCAGGUGGAGGCGGCCGAGGCGCAGGAUGUGGUGGUGUAUGACCAGAGCACCCGCGAUGCCAGCGUGCUGGCCGCAGACAGCUUCCUGAGCAUCCUGCUGAGCCAGCUGGACGGCCGCUUCCGCAGCGUGGCGGUCCUCACAGGGGGCUUCGCCACCUUCUCCUCCUGCUUCCCCGGCCUCUGCGAGGGCAAGCCGGCCGCCCUGCUGCCCAUGAGCCUGUCCCAGCCCUGCCUGCCCGUGCCCAGCGUGGGCCUGACCCGCAUCCUGCCUCACCUCUACCUGGGCUCCCAGAAGGACGUCCUGAACCAGGACCUGAUGGCCCAGAACGGAAUAAGCUACGUCCUCAACGCCAGCAACUCCUGCCCCAAGCCCGACUUCAUCUGCGAGAGCCGCUUCCUGCGCAUCCCCAUCAACGACAACUACUGCGAGAAGCUGCUGCCCUGGCUGGACAAGUCCAUCGAGUUCAUCGACAAAGCCAAGCUGUCCAGCUGCCAGGUCAUCGUGCACUGCCUGGCCGGCAUCUCGCGCUCCGCCACCAUCGCCAUCGCCUACAUCAUGAAGACCAUGGGCAUGUCCUCGGACGACGCCUACAGGUUCGUCAAGGACCGGCGCCCGUCCAUCUCCCCGAACUUCAACUUCCUGGGCCAGCUGCUGGAGUACGAGCGCAGCCUGCAACUGCUCCGGGCGCUGCAGGGCGACGCCGCGCCCAGGCCGGGCAGCCCCGAGCCGGCCCCGGGCCCCGCGGCUCUCCCGCCCCCGCCGCCGCCGCCGCCGCCGCCGCCACCUACCUCAGACAGCCCCGGGGACCGGGAGGGCGCCCCCGGCUCGGGCGCGGGCCUGGGCGCGGAGCCGCCGGGCCCCGCCACCAGCGCGCUGCAGCAGGGCCUCCGGGGCCUGCACCUCUCGGGCGACCGCCUGCAGGACACCAACCGCCUCAAGCGCUCCUUCUCGCUGGACAUCAAGUCGGCCUACACGCCCAGCCGCAGGCCCGACGGCCCGGGCGCCCCGGACCCCGGCGAGGCCCCCAAGCUCUGCAAGCUGGACAGCCCCGACGCGCCCCCGGACGCGCGCCCCCGGCCCCGCCGCCGGCCCCGGGCCCCGACGGCCGGCUCCCCCGGGGUGCCGGGCCCCGGGCUGCCCUCGGCCGACGCGGCCCGCCAGACUCCGCGGCACGGCCUCUCGGCGCUGUCGGGGCUGCCCGGGCCCGGCCAGCCCAGCGGGCCCGGGGGCUGGGCCGCGCCGCCGCUGGACUCCCCGGGCACGCCGUCGCCCGACGCGCCCUGGUGCUGCAGCCCGGAGGGCGCGCAGGGCGCGGGCGGCGGGCGCUGGGCCGAGCCCCGGGACGCGCCGUUGCCGCGGCGCGGCUGCCAGCUGCUGCGGGACCUGGACGCGGGCCUGGGCGAGGGGCGCGCGCGGGGCGACGAGCUGGCGGGCCUGGGCAAGCAGGCCAGCUUCCCGGGCGGCGUGGAGGUCAUCCAGGUGUCCUGACGGCCGCUCCCGCGCCCUGCCCGACGCGUUUGACUCCAGGAGCCGGCGUUUUGCGUUUUUCUUUUUUCUGUCCUUUAAUUUAUUUGAGCUGUUCCUUCUGCGCUGACGGAUGGGCAGCCGUGGGAAGGGG